AUGCGCAGUGCGGCGCCGCGGCAAGAGGCGGCAGCGGCAGGGUUGUCACGCCGGGAGGCAGCCGCACUGCUCCACUCCCUGCUGCUGACGCCCCUGCUACCUGGCAGAGUAUCGGCAGCAGUGACGCUGGAGGAUGUCACGCCCCCGGUGGCCCCCGCCCAGCCCCUCAGCGCCAGGGAGGCGCAGGUGGCCGACAUCUACGACCGCACAGCGCCGGGCGUGGUCAACGUGUUUGACGUCACGCUGCGCACGACGGGCGUGGGCGGGCCGCAGGCGGUGGAACAGCCAGAGGGCAACGGCACCGGCUUUGUAUGGGACACUGAGGGGCACAUAGUCACGAACUACCACGUCCUGGCCAGCGUGCUGGGCGGCGCGGCGGGCAAGGUGCUGUCCGGCGCCAAGGUGGCGCGCGUGCUGCUGCUGGCGCCUGACGGCACCCAGCAAGCCUAUGACGGCUUCCUGGCGGCAGGCGCCGACAAGGCUCGUGACCUUGCCGUGCUGAAGGUGUCCGCCCCCGCCUCCCUGCUGCGCCCGCUGCCUUUGGGCGACUCCUCCUCUGUGCGGGUGGGGCAGGGCUGCUUGGCCAUCGGAAACCCGUUUGGGUUUGAACGCACGCUGACGACGGGCGUGGUCAGCGCCCUGGUCGCAUGCAGCUUGCUCAGCCAGACGGGCAGCACCAUUGGCGGCGGCAUCCAGACUGACGCGGCGGUCAACCCCGGCAACAGCGGCGGCCCGCUGCUGGACUUGUCGGGGGCGGUGAUCGGGGUCAACACAGCCAUCUUUACCAACACAGGCACGUCUGCCGGCCUGGGCUUUGCCAUCCCCAGCAACACGGUGCGGCGGGUGGUGCCGCAGCUCAUCAGCCUGGGCGCAGUGCAGCGGGCCUCCCUGGGCUUCCAGCCGGCGCCCGACCCCGUGGCGCGAGCCCUCAAGGUGUCGGAGGGCGUGAUGAUCCAGACGGCAGACCCCAAGGGCGCCGCCGCGCAGGCGGGGCUGCUGCCCACGCGGCGCGGGCUGGGCGGCAUCGUGGCAGGCGACGUGAUUGUGGCGGUGGACGGCCAGCCGGUGCGCAACCUGUUUGACCUCACCUCCCUGCUGGACGAGCGGGCAGUGGGGGAUGUGGUGGAGGUGCGGGCGCUGCGAGGCGUGGGCCAGAGCGCGGCGCCGGAGGCGGUGGUGGUGAGCGCCACGCUCGAGGCGGAGCAGCAGUGA